AUGCGAGCAUUCUUGUUCGUCGACCUGCUGUUGGCGGCCGCCGUGUCCCACAACACCUCCGUGAGAGGCUUUGGACCCAUUCGACACUUUGUCCAUGCAGCGACUGCCAUCGGACGUGACGAGGAUGUAUCUCACAAGAUCCGCAUUCUGAACUGGAACAUCCUGGCCCCCUCGUGGGACAACAACGUGGGGAAGAAGGACAAAUCCGCGCAAUGGCCGUUUCGACUGCCAAAGCUCAUGCACGAGAUGCGCCUGCGCAAACCCGACAUCAUUGUCUUGCAGGAGGUGGAGGUGAUCCUUUGGGAGGAGCAGAUCAAGCCUUUCCUGAAAUCUCAUGGCUUUCAGUCUGCCUACGCUUGUUCGGAGUCUGGCAUGGGCAUCGCCGUUCUCUGGCGACAUUCGCGCUUCGAUCUCGGGAACACCGUGGAAGUGGACCUGGGGGAUGCCAGCAACAGCCGCUGGCUAGCUCAGAAACAGGGGACCCUGAACAAGGACCAGCAGAGCAGGUUCUUCUCCAAGGGGCAUCCGGGUCUUCUAAUUGUCCUUGGCAUCAAAUCGGGCAGUAAGCUCCGCAAAGAGCAGCAUGCCCUGCUGGUUGGGGCAGCGUACAUCGUUGCGAACCCUAUCAGUUUACUCCCGAUGCGGCUGGAUAUUCAAGCCGUGCAAACGCUGAUGCUGAUGGAUAGCAUGGAGCGCGUCUUGGAGCACGAGUCCCGCUACUAUGCGAGUUUGAGUGUAGUUGUCGCUGGGGACUUCAACGUACCGCCGUAUUAUCCGCAGAUGUCCUUCGACCUGUUAUCCAAGCACAUUGCCCAAGAGGGCGACUUUGACCAGAUGGCGACCACCGUCAUGCAAGGCGUUGCGAGCGGCAAGUUUCAGACAUUUGUGGACCCAAACUCCGAGCAGCAGACCAUCGCCAGUCCUGUGUACGAGCUCAUCACGAAAGGUGUGCUGGGGCAAGACUCCAUCGGCUUUCUCGUGGCUGCCAUCAAAUCAGCUGGAUACCAUCCAUCACGGAUUUUGGAAGGACCUUUGUACCAGAUGCUGACGACAAAGUGGUUGAAGUACCAGAUGAUGAGCGCAUAUGCGCAUGUUCUUGGGAUGGAGCCGAUGACCAAUGCGCUGGAGACCUUAGAUUUCGUGUUCUUCUUGCCCGCACAGCGGCGACCAGACCAUUCGCGUGCUGCCAGAUUGGCAGUCACAGGCGUCCUUGCAGCUCCGCCUCCGCAGUCCAGACAGAAACUGGUUGCCGGCUUGGGCUCCGAUCACAUUCCUCUGGUGGUGGAUGUGGGGCUUUGCACGCCUUCGAAAAGUGGCGAGGUGGAAUCCCAGCGCAGGGAAGACAACAGCACGACGCCCGUAGCCAACAUCACUCAUAGCCCGCCGUCCUGCGAUAGUUCCAGCCAAGAAAGGAUAAUGGAGAUGUUGGCAAGCUUGGAACGUCGCUUAGAGACGCUGGAUUCAAAGGUGUCCAAACCUUGCACGUUCGCGGAGCUCAAGUGGGCAUUGGUUGCAUCGACGCUCGGUUCGGUCCUCUUUGCAGCUUCGACGAUGUUGCUUGGAGUGACAUCUGCGCUCAUGAGACAAGCGAUGACAGGGUGUCUGCUGGCAUCUUUACUUUACCAAGGCUUCGUAGUCUCAAAGAUCUGA